UGAGAAAAUCAAAAAGACGCUGGAAACAGAAUGCAACUACGCAAGGCUCCCUCAACCAACUCGUCUUCCACCUCGAUCGCGCCGGCCGCCGCGCUCCGCCGGCCACCGUGCUCACCCCCUCCUCAACCAACCAACGCUCCAGAAGCUGCACCCAAAAAUCCUGUUCUGUCUGUUUUUGUUCAAAACUUGAAUUGUUCUAAUUUGUUACUGGUGUUGAAUCCAUUACAUGAGAAGGGUAGAUAUUAGAUACAUAACAGCCUAGAGGAAGUUAGUUAGUUUGUUAUACAUUAAAGAUAAUUAUUUGGAGGUGAAGGAUGGAGGUUGUUUUGGCAUCUUCCUCUGUUGAUGGUGGGAUAGGCUGUUGGGACCUUCAGACAGGUGCUGAACAGCUCCGUUACAAGUCGUGUUCCUCCCCUUCUCAUGGUCUUGUCUCUGUUGGUGGUCGCUUCCUUGCAUCUUCUCAGAUUAGAGACCCAUCGGCUUCCUCCGGUUCUGUUUCGAAAUUAUAUUUCUGGUCCUGGUCCAAGCCUCAAGUUGAAGUUAGGAGCUUUCCUGCUGAACCCAUUAUGCCCCUUGCUGCGAAUCACCCGGGCACCUAUCUAGCUGGUGGGGCUUCGUCAGGUGAUAUAUACUUUUGGCAGGUCGAAACUGGCAGAUUGCUUAAAAAGUGGCAUGCUCACUAUAGGGCUGUGACAUGCCUGGUAUUUUCUGAAGAUGACUCCCUGCUGAUAUCUGGUUCUGAAGAUGGAUCUGUCAGAGUUUGGUCUCUCAUCAAGAUAUUUGAUGAUUUGGGAAGCUUUGAAGCCAAAAAUCUUUAUCUACACAGUUUUACAGAGCACACUCUGUGUGUGACUGAUGUUGUGAUUGGUUAUGGUGGGUGCAAUGCAAUUAUAGUGUCAGCUUCAGAGGACCGGACCUGUAAGGUGUGGAGCUUAGCUACGGGAACUCUACUAAGAAACAUAGUAUUCCCUUCAAUAAUUGAUGCAAUUGUCUUGGAUCCUGCUGAACAUAUCUUUUAUGCUGGCAGUAGAGAUGGAAAAAUAUUUAUUGCUGCACUUAACACUGAAAGAAUCCCUACUAAUAAUUAUGGGAUGCAUAUCAUUGGUUCAUUUUCUAACCACAGCAAGGCAGUUACUUGCUUAGCAUAUGGCGCCGCUGGGAAUUUGUUAAUAUCUGGGUCAGAGGAUGGAAUGGUUCGUGUUUGGAAUGCAAGAACUUGUAACAUCAUCCGCAUGUUUAAACAUGCUAAAGGACCAGUAAAUAAUAUUCUUGUUGUUAAACAAGAAAUUGACCCAAGUAAUCAUAUGUCUUCUACUGUAGAAGCAUCCUCAAGAAAGAAAGGGGCUUAUUUAUCCCCUCCAUUAGAAAAAUAUACAAAUUCUGCAGAUGAAGACUCAUAUAUAAAGGUCAGCCUCAGGGGUGGCGCGACAGAUGUUAAAUAUCUCAGUUCUGGAAUGAUAUCUAAGUAUGCUAAGGAACUUCAGCAUCAAGGUUCAGCUGCUGCUUCUGAAAUGGAGGUGGAGAAGCUAAAACAUGAUUGCCAAAGGUCAAUGCAAAUGGCAAAUCAAUUUAAGAAAAUGUAUGAAGAUUUGAUACAGUUUUAUGUGAAGGAGCUGUUAGAUGGAGGUCAAGCAAGAACCUUAGAUGAAAAUGGUAAAUAAGGUGUUCUUAUUUUCCCUAGACAAGGCACUGUUCAAUUUUGCGGGUAGAAUUCAUAUAUUUCUAUCGUCACAAGAUUCUCUUCUGCGAGUUUACUAGUUAUUAGCCCCAAAGAGUUUUUGUUUUUUUAAAUGCCGUACUUAUAGAAUCUUCAUCCUUUUAACGGUUAAAAGGAUUCAUUAUUCAUAUCCUCUUACAAUAUUGGAGGGUGUUGUCAUAGAUUUUCGACUUUCGUUUUGCGAAUUUUCAUGAAUCCAUCCGUAUGGUCCUUGCUUUUACCAUGUUUAUAAGGUUUUCCUUUUGGUAUAAACCACUCGGUAUUGGUCAUCCUUCGAAUAGUCACAGUUAAGGUUUUAUAUC